AUGGAUUCAAUGAGAAACAAACAAGAGUUCAAUGAAUUGACUCAAGAGUUGAGUGAAAGGAAUGGUAAGACAUAUGACACACACGACAGACAAUUGGAGGACAAUCUGAAGACAAGUGAUGCCGAGUGUGAGGACACUGUCGAUGACACCAUUACUCACGAGUCGAGCGAACCAAUUGAGAAGAGAUGUGUUCCUCGAAGACAAUUGAAUGUUAGAGAAGUGGAAGAAUGCGGUCAAAGAGAUACGGAUUACAGAGAAAGUGUUUCAAACAAUGUUAAGACCGAUGAGGAAGAUAUGAAGAGUUUAAUACAAAAAGUCAGUUAUGGCUUCGACCCUCAGACCAAUGAAUACAAGUGUCCCAAAAGUGGUUGCAAUAAGUGUUUCUAUAAUCAUAUUUCAGCCAUAAAUCACAUUAAGAGAAGUCAUUGUAUCGGCAAAAGACGAUUCAAAGGAAUUGAUUUCGAGAAGUGUUUCGACGCGAAGACUAAAUCAUAUAAAUGUCCGAAAGAGCAGUGUUUGACACCAUCGGUGUUCAACAAUCGUGAAUCCCUGUCCCAUCACGUAUGGGAUGUUCACAAAGAGAUGUCAUAUUUCUGUCAAUUUCUCGACUGUUAUAAUAAGAAGGGUUUUAAACUGAAAUCCCAAUUAACAAUGCAUUUGGACAUACAUUUCAAAGGUUAUAGAUUUGUCUGCGAUUAUAACGGCUGUCACUUCAAAUGUUUGAGGAAACCACAGUUGACCGCACAUAUCAAUGCAGUGCACUCAUCGGCGAGGGCCUACCGGUGCGACUACGACGGGUGCGGCAAAACAUUCAAAUCUCAAAACAAUCUUAACGCCCAUUCCCGCCGCCAUAGACCGGAGUUCUAUAAAUAUAAGUGUAGUUCCAAUGGAUGUGAGCGUAGGUUUGGCUCAACUCAAGAAUUGAAGAGACAUUCAACUACUCAUACAAACAUAUCUUCACAUGAAUGCCAUUACGAAGACUGCGGACAAAAGUUUUUAACAGAAGUUCAACUCCGCAAACAUCAAACGGCAGCUCAUAAUCGGAAACCGCUUGUUAGACGUCGAUAUAAACACCGGUGCGAUUGGCCGGGGUGUGAAUGGGAGGGCUAUGUUAUUAACAAGCAUAAACGACUGCAUACGGGAGAGAAGCCAUACGCGUGCGAGUGGCCAGACUGUGGCAAACGGUUUAAAGACAUAUGUUCUCUAAAAGAUCACCAAAAUAUUCACAACAAUAUUAAGCCAUAUUCCUGUCAUUGGCCGGGCUGUAUGUACCGGUGCGCCAAUUCAGCAAAUAUUGUUAAGCAUAGAAAACAAGUGCAUAAAGUACAUUCACUUAAAUCAUAG